UCUCUCCGCCCCUCGAAUAUCCCCUUCCGCCCCUUCUCUGAGCUGCACAGCUUGUCUAGAAAGACUGGUCCAGCGGCGGCGGAUGCUGGCGCUGUCCUGAGAGGGAGGGCCUGGUGUGGAAGAGAUGAAUCGGACAAAGGGAGAUGAGGAGGAAUACUGGAAUAGCUCCAAGUUCAAGGCCUUCACCUUUGAUGAUGAAGAUGAUGAGCUCUCACAGUUAAAGGAGUCCAAGCGGGCUGUGAACAGCCUUCGAGACUUUGUGGACGACGACGACGACGAUGACCUGGAGCGAGUCAGCUGGAGUGGGGAGCCCGUGGGAAGUAUCUCUUGGUCCAUCAAAGAGACUGCUGGUAAUAGUGGGUCCACCCAUGAAGGGCGUGAACAGCUAAAGAACCGAAACAGUUUCUCCUCCUAUGCACAGCUACCCAAACCUACUUCUACCUACUCCUUGAGCAGCUUUUUUAAAGGUAGAACUAGACCUGGAAGUUUCCAGUCCCUUUCUGAUGCUUUGUCAGAUGCACCUGCCAAAAGCUAUGCUCCAGAGCUGGGGAGACCCAAGGGGGAGUAUAGGGAUUACAGCAAUGACUGGAGCCCCAGUGACACAGUGCGACGCCUCCGGAAGGGCAAGGUCUGCUCACUAGAACGGUUCCGCUCCUUACAGGACAAGCUCCAACUCCUAGAAGAGGCAGUGAGCAUGCACGAUGGAAACGUCAUUACUGCAGUCUUGAUUUUCCUGAAGAGGACACUGAGCAAAGAGAUCCUCUUCCGAGAGCUGGAGGUGCGACAGGUUGCCCUGAGACAUCUCAUUCACUUUCUUAAGGAGAUAGGGGAUCAGAAGCUGCUCUUAGACCUCUUCAGGUUCCUAGAUAGAACAGAAGAGCUUGCGCUAUCCCAUUAUCGAGAGCAUUUGAACAUUCAGGACCCUGAGACACGAAAAGAAUUUCUCAAAACCUGCAUUGGUUUGCCAUUUUCAGCAGAAGAUUCUGCACACAUACAAGACCAUUACACCCUCCUGGAACGGCAGAUCAUUAUUGAGGCAAAUGAUCGACAUCUAGAAUCAGCAGGACAGACUGAGAUCUUCCGAAAGCACCCCCGCAAAGCUUCCAUCCUCAACAUGCCACUAGUGACCACGCUCUUCUACUCCUGCUUCUAUCACUACACCGAGGCUGAGGGAACAUUCAGCAGUCCCAUCAACCUGAAGAAGACAUUUAAGAUCCCAGACAAACAGUAUGUGCUGACAGCCCUGGCUGCCCGCGCCAAGCUCCGAGCCUGGCAUGAUGUGGAUGCCCUUUUCACCACAAAGAACUGGCUGGGCUACACCAAGAAGAGAGCACCCAUUGGCUUCCAUCGGGUUGUGGAAAUUUUGCACAAGAACAGCGCCCCUGUCCAGAUACUACAGGAAUAUGUCAAUCUGGUGGAAGAUGUGGACACAAAGUUGAACUUAGCCACUAAGUUCAAGUGCCAUGAAGUCGUCAUUGAUACUUGCCGGGACCUGAAGGAUCGCCAACAGCUGCUAGCGUAUAGGAGUAAGGUAGAGAAAGGGUCAGCUGAAGAGGAGAAGAUUGACGCCAUUCUCUGCAGCUCGCAAAUUCGGUGGAAGAAUUAAAUGGCAUUAGCUACUCUGAAGCCAGCCUCAUUUCUUCCCUUUCUGCCUGUGAAAGCCGAAGGAGCUCUUCUUUGGGAGAGUUACAGCAUCACAUCGCUUGGACCCCUUACCAACAGGCAGUGCCUGCCACUCUUGACAGAAACCAGGCCCCGGGCACAGAUCGCUUCAGACUAAUCUUCUGUCCAAAGGACAUCACCUGAGGAUCGAGAUCCAAAGCUCUGACUCGUGCAAAUGAUUCUCCACCUGGUGCUCAUGUGAAGGUGGGAGUGCUUGCUGGACUGGGCUCAUACUGGGUAAAAUGUCACUUGGUCUGAGAAAAGCGACUGUUCCAGAGAGGAAGAGGUGCAGGCAUCACAGGGCAGCCACUCCAUUCCUCUCGGCUAAUUAUGAUCCAGGACUUGAUGCUGGACGUUGGCAGUUCUGCUCUGAAUGAAGUCAGAACAGAACCAAAAUGGCUCUCUUCCAGGGCACAGGAAGGGGUGUCAGCAUUGCCCAGGACAUGUGGGAGACCCACUCACACCAGACUGCACAGUCCCCCAGGUUGUGACAGAUGUUGCCCAGAGUUGUGUUUUCUCAGAGUUGUGUAUCCCCCUGCUGCCCCUGCUGUCUCUGUUCAAAAGCUGAAGGUUCCUUUCUCACCUGCACAGAUAACCUUGUCUGGGUGAUGAGACAUCCCCCUUACCUUUUCCUCGACUUCUCCCGUACCAGACCUAUAACCUUAAGUGGAGCUCAGAUGCAGCAAAAUGCUGGAGAGUUCACCCUUUAUGCAAACAUCUCAUCAUUUCACCAGGAGCUUCCAGAAUUGGACCAGGGUGAAAUUCAGCAGCAUUUCUGUCAGGAUAUUUCCAUGGAGGUUUUCUUUCCACACUUGGUUUUUGAGAGGACAUAUUCUAUAAUGCCAGAUUCCUGCCCUGUAUCAAUAUUCACAUCUCUUCUCUGACUGAAUUGGGUUUUCCUAACACGCCUAGGCUUCUAGUAAAGCUGUUCCUUCCUUGGUGC